AUUUUUGGACCAGCAUCUGAAUUGUCGACAUCGCAUGCGCCGCCGCGACUUGAAUUCAUGAUUGAACACUGAACAUCAUACACCCGAGCGACGACGACGACGACGACGAGACAAUUGACGAUAUUAACCCCUACCACGAGGCGCCUACGAUAUACUGAAAAUCUACGCGACAAUUAACAACCUGCAUUGGACAAACAACAACAGCAUCAACUCCCGGAUUCCUACGCGGCAAUGGCUACGCGUAUUGCUCCCCCCGCGGGCCUCCCCCAAAAGGUGGUCUCGAACCCGCCAAACCAGACUCUCUACGUCACGAACCUCCCCUCAGCUAAGAUCCAGAAGGACGACCUCCGUACAGCACUAUACAUGCUCUUCUCCACCUACGGCCCCGUCCUCGAUGUCGUCGCUCUCAAGACCAUGAAGAUGCGCGGGCAAGCACACAUUGUCUACCGGGACAUUCAGACAGCAACACAGGCCAUGAGGUCACUUGACGGCAUGGAGUUUUUGGGCCGCAAAAUGAAAAUCACCUACGCCAAGGGCCGCUCCAACAUCAUCGCCAAACUCGACGGUACUCUCGUGCCACCCAAGGCCGCCGCCGCCGUGGCCCUCACCACCGUCCAACAGAGUAUCUUUAGUGCCCCAGUACCAGGCGCCCCUACUACGAAUACCGAGAGUCCAGCACCACAAGGUUCGCCAGCCAAGCCUCCCGGGACGGAGACAACCACACCGGCAGAGGAGAACCGGGGAACGAAGCGGCCACGGGAGGAGGAGGAAGAAGAGGAGGAGAGCGAUUCGGACGUUGCUAUGGAGGAAGACAGCGACGAGGACUGAUGGGUGUCCACUAUGGCAUUUGCUUCUUGUUUAAGAUACCAGCUCGCGGUGGGGAAGGAUGACGAAAAAUGAAGGCGCAAUGAAGCGGAUGGAUGAAAAAUUCGCCCUCUCGAAGGACAAUGCAGAAGACGCACCGCUAGCUGCAUGUACAACAUACACCGCGCUACUCCCACUUCCUCUAGGCGGAGGAAGGCUCCAAGGCCAUUUCCUUGGGGACCCAAAGGCUGACACAGCCGCCGACGAGUCCAAGCCAAACCAUCAGGUAGUUCUCGAUCGAGACAUUGUCAAAGGUCGACAUGGCCUCGCCGAGGAGACAAGGGUGGACGAAGAAGGUGGGAAGGCCUGUGAUGGGAUGAUACUGUUUGUAUGGCCGAAAUAAUUCAAAAGAAGGGACAUUCGUGUGUUAGUAUAGGCACCUUUUUUUUUUCUCUUUCUCUCUCUUUUUGUCCUUCUCAUAUCUUUAUGUUUCACAACAAAGUCACAAAGAGCGAGAAAAAGGAGUUCAGCCCUAGUUAACUUUUUGGUGUUUCAACAGCGAGAAGAUUGAACCCACCCAAAUCGCAAGACACAAAUACAAAGAACGAGAUGAGAUGAGAAGAGAAGAGAAGAGAAAACUUACAUCAGCUGAGAUACCACCCACGGAACCCGCGCGGCGAAGUCCAUCUUUGAACUGAUCGGGUACAAGACGUCGAAAGACGGUGUCGAUGUUGAAGGCUGGUUCAUCCGCCGGCAGUCCGUUUAGUGAAAACCACAGACAAGGCGCUUGAUAUGUCGGGUGAAGGUGUAUUUCGUAUGUGACGUAGCCAUAACUUGUCUUUUGC